CAUCAGUUGGUAAGAGGUAACUAAUAACCACCUAUAAAAUCUGUUACUGGAGUAACCAAUUUUGUAUGUCAUAUGUUAAACAUACAAAAUCAAAACUAUUUACAUACAAAAUCAACUUUAUUUACAAAAAUACCAGCUUCUCACAUUUAAAAUCGGUUGCUUCAAUGGGUAAGAAGGAUUAAAGAGGCAAAUGUUGUCGGUUUUGGUUCUGGGGUAUCCAUCUGCUUGUGCUAAAUUUGUUCAUGAUGAAUUGGCCACACCCGUUCACUGCUUUCACCUCCCAAAUAAAGAUAAUAGCCUGAAAUGUUCACCAAACCUGCAAUUGGUAUGCUCCUCCUCUCAACGCAACUGUUUUAGGAGCUUUUGCAAAAGGGAAGAACGCGUCACACUCACACCCCUUUCUCAGGGGUUCUCAGCCUUGCAAGAGGAUGAUAGUCCAUGGGAGAGUGGGAAUGUAUGGACCAAUCUUGCACUCUAUCUAUUCACUCUGCAUAUCCCUUUCAGCUUUGGAGGCUUAUCCGUGGUUGCCCUAUUUACUGGACAGCCUGUUCUUGACCCACAAACUGAGGCCUUAUCAUUUCUCACUAUUCAGAUUCUUGAGCUUAGUGGGGCCCUGUUUUUAUUGAAGUAGACGGCUAAGCCACAAUACAAGUUGUCAAAUUUCUUCGAAAAGAACAAAUUAUUGAGCAACAGGAGCUGGUUUUUGUCAUCUGUUCUGGGAUUUGGGUUUCUUGUUCUUUUGAUUUUCCUAACCUCUCUACUUGCAGACAGAUUGUUUGGCUCCAAGCCUGUUAACAACCCCAUACUGAAGGACAUGCUCCUAAAUAGUGACAUCUCAAGAGUUUCUUGUGUGCUUGCUUAUUGCAUUGUCACUCCCCUUUUGGAAGAGAUUGUUUAUAGGGGAUUUCUUUUGACGUCACUUUCCUCCACCAUGGAGUGGCAACAAGCUGUUGCCAUAAGCUCAGUUAUAUUCAGUGCAAUUCACUUCUCUGGUGAGAACUUUUUACAAUUGUUCAUCAUUGGGUGUGUCCUUGGAUGCUCUUAUUGCUGGACUGGGAAUUUGAGUUCCUCCAUUUGUAUACAUUCCUUGUACAAUGCUUUGACCUUAGUAAUAACUUAUUUUUAUUAAAUUAUAUAUUUAACAAAAUGAUUGAGCAAAAUUGUUGGCAUACUUUAUUUAUUUUCCUUUAAAGGGUUCUGAUAUAUAGGUCGAUGACUUUGGAUAAAUUUGUUGAUGAGUCAUCAUUUGUCUUUCUUAGCUACGGAGUAAGCAAUGCUACUAGAUCCUUCUGACCCAAUAAACAUUUAUUUUUUCACUUUCAAGAGCUUGAAUGUGAAAUGGAAAAAUUAUUGAGAAGUCAUUUUAAACGGAAGCAAACACAUUAUUAAUUGUGUAUAUAAAAUUUGAUAUACACAAUUAGCAAAACAAUAUCACUUGAUUCAAAUGACUGGAUCGAUUAAUUUUGCAUUUUAGAAAAAAUAUUAAAUGGUCUAAGUACAUAAAUUUGAUAUUGAAUUAAUUCCUGUACCAUUAUAAUCUUGUAUAGGGAAUUUUUAAUGUCCAUCCUCUUGCGUACAGGGUGUUAUGAAAUUCUCGGUUUAUAUUUUUAAUUAAUCUAAUAAGAAUUUUGUUCUUAUUCAUUUAGCCUUUUUCUUUUUAAGGAAACACAAUUAUUUCUCCGUAGUAGAUUAUGUCUGUCAUCAUAUUUUUGCUGCCGUUUGUCCCCUUCAAACCAAAUUGGGUCCACUGUUCAGAAACUAAUUUUCUGUGACUUAGAUUUCCCUUCUUCUUUUCCUUUUAAAUUUUAAGUAUUUAAUCAUGAAUAUGCAAUUACUUUGCCCAUCUCAUUUGGAAGCAAGAGUAAACAAACAUGAAUAUUAACCACUUAAUUACUCGUUAACUAGUGAUUUGGAUAUUAAAGAUUUGGAUUUUUUAAUAUACCAGUGUUGAUUAUUUUCAUAAUAAUUUUCCUCAAGUUGGUGGACAGCAGCUACAUAAAGCUGGAGCACAUUCUACCCAAAUCAUAAUAUUUAAACUUUUCAUUUUCCUUUUUAAUUUGAGAUAUUAUCCUUCUUUCCAUGGCAUAAAUUCAAAUAGAGAGGAAUGUUUGGCAGGUACAGAAAAUAUUCAGCGUUAUUCAACUUUAUUACUGAAAAAACUAAUAUAUAUGCUUAUCUUGUUGACUUCACAAUCAAAUACGUAUCUUCCUUCGCAUUCCAGCAAGGCUAGCGAAUCAAUCAUUCUGGAGUCUAGACACUCUCUUUAAGUCUAGGCUGGAUUUAUGCUUUCAUGUGGUAAAGUUAUUGUUGAUUUUUUUUUUAUGACUAUAUUAUUAGUAUAAAAUAGUUAUUAACUUUAUUUAUAACUAAGUUUUUUCAACUAUUCUACAAAAUUUAAACUCAAUCUUAUUUAAGAAAAUCAAAUCUAAUUCAGGUGGAACUAAUUACUUGUUUAUCAGUAACAUUGCCAUUUAUUAGGUCUUUGUUUUUCUUUUUCAUCAUUUUGAGGAGUUAUUUUCUCUCCAUUAAUAGGUAAAUGAAAGAAUAGUUUAUCAAAUCAAAUGGAAACUCCUUUCUUCGAAGAUGACAGUUUAUUUUCACAUCAAACAACCCCUCUAUUCUCACAUUUAAUAAUUCCUUUUUUAGUAACUUUCCUUAACUUGAGGUGCCGUUUGUACUAGGAAAUGAAAAAUGAUUUAUUGAAUAAAAACAUAAAUAUAAAUAUUAAUGUAUUAAAAUAUUAAUAUUUAAUUAAUUCGAAUAAUAAUUGCUUUAACUCUUAACAAAGAGUCAUAUUCAAUUAUUCAUAUACACCGAUGAUACGUACUAACAAAAUCCUUCUCAUUCUUCUUUAUUUAUUUUGUUUACUUUGUCCAAUCACACCUUGCGUGCGUGUGUGUGUGUUCUAUGUGUUGGACAUCUAGUGGGUGAGGGGGUUAUUUAUUCAUUGAAAAAUUAACUUCCUCUUUUAAAACAAAAGAUAGACAUGCAAACAAAUAACAUAAUGGGUACAUGGAUUGAUGGUUGAUUGAACGAGGAAAGAAAAUGAUAGAAUGAUGCAAAAUAUUUUUUUAAAAUUGUUUACAUAAUGACAAUAAUAUUUUUAAGAAAUUAAAAUGAAAAGUCAUUAAUUUUUAAAAGACUAAAAACAAUAAUUUCAAAAUUUAAAAUUCUAAAACCAAAAUCAAAAAUCAAUUAUUAUAUAGGAACUAAAAAUACACAAUCAAAAAAUUAAUUUAUAGAAUAAUAAAAUUCAAAUACAUUUAACAUAAAAAAUCAACUAAAAGUCAUACAAUAAUUUCUUCACCCUAUGCGCUAGCCUGGAGUCACUUUGGUUUGAGAUGUGUCAGCAUUACUACAUACAAUACAACCUUAGCUUUGCACUCACAUGUCCCCACACACUGAUGGCCAACGUGGUCUCUAUGCUUAUCCCGCAAUCAACGUAGGCAUCAAAGGACGACUCAGAUGAAUUUUUAUAUCAACGGCACCAACAGAUCCUCGCCACGUGUCCGGUGAUGCGUUGGAUCCCACUAGCCCUCUUGGUUUAAACUUUAAAGUGGUUUUUUCUCUUCUUCUAGCACCUUGUAGUAUACAACAUCACCAUUCACCAAUUGUUUUGUUCUAACUCUCUCAGCUUUCUCUCUCUAAGACCUUUUUCUUUUGCUAGCAUGGCUGGGUUUGAACAGCAGAUGAAGGACAGAGCCAGGGAGCUCAAGGUGUUGCUCAAGAAAGGGGUGAAGAUUGUUGGAGAUUCAUGCAAGAAAGGGUGGAACAAAGUCAAACAUAUCAAACGCUAAUAGUUAUGUAAUGUAAUUAAUCAUUUGCAUGCCUUAUCUCAAUCUCACUUUAUUGGUAUUGUUUGUAUUCUCUUCAUAGGUUUGGCUUCCAUAUAUAUGGAAUGUAGUCCUUCUAUUUUUUGGUCCCUCUCUCCCUUGUGGGGUUGUUUUUGUCUCUUCUUAGGGAUAUAAUUUUGGUGUGUCUGAGUUUGUUUGUUUGUUCUGUUAAAUCUAAAAUUUUGUUUAUAUGAUUAUUCUAUAUGUUCUUCUUCUGGAUUGCUAUUUAAGGUUGCUAGUGAGGAGCCAAGUACCAGAUCUUGGUGUUUCUUUUGAUUCAA